UCAGUGCUUCUCUAGUUAUUCAUUCACUGUCCUCUCAUUCAAGUACUGACUCUCUUUUGCAGAAGGUUCAUUUGCAGCCUCGCGCGAAGUUGAAACCUCCUCAGGGACAUUUCACGGAGACGACCAUGAGUUUGCUGCAGCAGGUGAAUCCCAGGGUGAGAGGGAUGAGGGUGUCCCCGCACACUGCUCUGCAGGGUCUGGCUGCUCGCAUCACACAGGAGAUCUCACAGGGGGCGCAGACAUCCUUCAAAGAGGUGAUUGACGUGAUCUCAGGCGAUCCCCACCGAGCAGGAGUGAAAUCAAUCUCUUUUGUUCGACAGGUGUUGGCAGCGUGUCUGUGUCCUCACCUUCUCAAAGACACAAGUCUUCCUCUGGACGUCAGACUGAGAGCUCAGAGUCUCCUGGACUCCUGCGACGGAGGAAGUGUGGGUGCCUACACUCCCUCCGCUGGUUUACUUCGAGUCAGACAGAGCAUCGCUGAGUUCAUCACCAGACGAGACGCCGGAGUUCCUUCGUACAGCAAAGACGUCUACAUCUCUACUGGUUCUCAGGUGGCACUGAUGCUGCUGGUGAAGCUGCUGGCCGGCGAGGAGGGGGAGACUCCGACGGGUGUGUUGACCCCGGUGCCCUCCCCUCACACCCUGCCCGGGCUGCUGGAUCAGGAGGGGGUGACCCUGGUGUCGUACCGGCUGACGGAGGAGCGAGGCUGGGCCCUGGAGCUGAACGAGCUGCACCGAGCGCUGAAGGCCUCUAGAGGGCACUGCAACCCGAGGGCCAUUUACAUCAGCAACCCAGGAAUCCCGACAGGUCACGUCCAGGACAGGAAAUCCAUAGAGGAAGUGAUUCGGUUUGCUGCAGCCGAGAGACUCGUACUGUUGGUCGAUGAGGUUUACCAGGACAGUGUGUUCGGAUCAGAGUUCGUCUCCUAUAAGAGAGUCCUCUUCGAGAUGGACAAAGUUUACUCCGACUCUGUGGAGUUGGUUUCAUUUCACUCUUUAUCCAGUGGCAGCAUGGGAGAAGGAGGCCUGAGGGCAGGAUUCAUGGAGGCUGUCAACAUGGACCCGGAGGUGAUGCAUUAUGUCGACGUCAUGCUGUGCUUCGACAUCAGCGCUCCGGUCACAGGGCAGCUGGCUCUGGACCUCAUGGUCGACCCCCCCAAACCUGGAGACGCCUCCUAUGACACGUACACACAGGAGAUUCUCAGUGCUCGGGCCAUUUUGUCCCAUAAUGCUCAGCGGGCUUCGCAGUUCCUGAACGGUCUCCCGGGGAUAAGCUGUCAGCCUGCGAUGGGCGGAAUCUACCUUUAUCCCAGUCUGUGUUUACCAAUCGUGAUCGUAGAGCAGGCCGAGAUGUUAGGGGUGGAGCCAGAUGUUCUGUACUGUCAGAGGUUACUGAAGGAGGAAGGCCUGUUGAUCGGAGCAGGUUGUCAUCAUGGAGGAGCCACCAACAGUUAUCAUCUGAGGUUAUGUGUCCUCGUUCCACCCGACACUCUGGAGGAGGCCCUGACUCGCCUCGGCUCGUUCCACCUUCGCCUCGUGGGCAGAUUCGUUCACUGUAACGGUGUGAAGGACAGAGACGAGCACGUAAAUCUGAGAGAGAAGAUCUGUCCAACUCGUAGAAAUCACGUUCCACCGGGCUCCACCAUGUUUGCAGAGGAAACACUACAGAAAUGAAUAAUGUUCCGGCGAUUUGUCAAUAAACAAACAAAAUACUCUUGUGUAGUGUAGUUAUUUAAAGAAGAAAAAACACAGUUGCAUCAGGAUUACAAGACAGGAUUACAAGACGGUGUAAACUUUGUUGAUCAUUUCUGUAUUUGCACGAAUAAAAAACAGCAGAAUAACAGAUA